AUGUGGAAAGACCGCCUCAACACCAUCCUCCAACCCCUCCGAAUCAUCCCCCUCUCCAUCAAACUCCACCUCGCCGCCCUCAAACACCUCCUCUCCACCACUGGAAUCACCGCACUUACACAAAUCUCCGAAAUACAAAAUCUAGGCAUCGCCACCCUCCUCCGAACAUGUCAAGAACCAUGGAUCCAAUACGAAGACACCACAGCCGUACCACAGCUCCUCCUCUCCACCGCCGGCGUCACCCUCGACAUCGGCCCCGGCAUAGGAAACCAGAUUCACCGCCUCCCAGCGCAGAACAUCACCGCCAUCUACGGCGUGGAGCCGAACCCGCAGUUUGCGGCAGAUAUUUCCGCCAGACUGGCCAAGUAUGACCUCCAGGAUAAGUAUACCCUCGUGACGUGUGGGAUUGAGGAUAGCGAUGUACUCGAGGAGCAUGGGAUUACGGAGGGAUCCAUGGACACGGUGCUCUGUAUACAGGUUUUGUGCUCGGUGGAUGAUCCGCGGCGCGUGAUGAGGGAGGUGUGGAGGUUGUUGAAGCCGGGGGGUAGGUUUGUGUUUUGGGAGCAUGGACGGAGUAAAGAUUUCUGGACGCGUGUUAUACAAGCCUGCUGGAAUCGCACUUGGUGCGCACUCGUUGGUGGCUGCCGUCUCAAUCGGGAUAUCAAGCCGGUUAUCCUCGCGGCCGGGGAAUGGGAGAACCCCAAUGAUCUUGUUCAAGAUGACGAAAUCUAUAGCCUGUUGCCUAGGACUUGGGGGGUGUUGGUCAAGAAAGCUUGA